AUGAUAAUCUCUCAUUUAAUAAUUAUUAUUUGUGGAGUUAAAAUGUUUUAUUAUGUUAAUUUACAUACUGGAUUUGAUCAAAAUAUGAAAAGAUUACUUAAACAAUUGACAAAAACUUUGAUCAUUUUGGUAAUUAUUCCGAUUAUUAAUCAAUUUCUAACUAUAUUAAUUAUUUUUUCUAAUUUCAAUAAUAUUAAACAAUCACCAGAAGAGACCAAUACAAUUCUAAUUUAUAACCACAAAUUAAUUAUCUAUAUAUUUCUUUCAAGUUUCACUCAUUUUACACCUGUUUUUAACCCUAUUGUUUGUAUAAUAACUAAUAAGCCGUACAAAGAAGCUGUUUUAAAUCGUUUAAGAAUUCAUCCACAAUAA